AUGGUCGUUUCCGGAAGUCACCGUCCAAACGCAAAGCACCAGCUAAGCGAAGCCUGUAGCACAAGGCCGUCGCCAAAACCGCGCAACCCUCGUCCGACAUGGUCGCCGACCAUCAACCAGAUCCGGCACAAUUGCUCGGGUGAUUUCCUGUUGUUGUACUGCAUGAACGGCGGUACGUGCGUGAAGAUGGUUAUCGACGACAGUAUUUCAUACAGUUGCGAUUGCAAGAUGGGAUAUUUUGGAGCCCGAUGUGAAUAUUUGGAUACUUCCGACCGUUACCUGGCCGUACAGCAAAGGAUUGAAACGGCGAGUAUCGCUGGCGGCGUCACCGUUUUGAUCAUCAUCAUAGUGUUCGUCACUGUUGUGCUGUACAUACACUUUCGGCAAAAGUCAACUGUCAAGCGUAUGACCUCAGAACGUUGCUCCUCAGCUUCUUGCAGCCGCGACCGCUAUCUGGUAAAGCCUUUCAGCGCCGACUUCACGAACCCCUCCCACCCCGGCUUCAGCAGGAGUAGCGAUGUUCCUGUCGUUGUCGAUACCGCCGUCGGAUCCGUGUGA